GGAACGGAACUGUAACACUGGAGACUGCAGAUAUUUUUUUUACUAUUGUGUUGGGGUUUUUGGGGUUCGGGUUCGCGUGGCGGGGGCAAGAGCGCGACAUGGACGGCAAACGGCAACGGCAACGACGAUGACAUUAUUUUAUUUAUGCUGUGAUAGUGAAAUAACAACACCAACAACAAGAACAACACCAAAGUCACGAAUCAAACGCAAUAUUUUCGCAAAGCAGAGAGAAGGAAAACCAAUUAAAUGAAUUAAAUUAAACUAGUAAAACCAAACCAAACCAACAAAAAGCUUUAACCAAAAAAAAAAAAAACACCAAGCAAAACGUUGCAAAUAAUUAUUAAUGAUAAAACAUAAAUGAAUAGUGAAAACCAAGCACCAAUUAGCGCAUAACCUACAAAUGAUAGUCAAUAUGUUUAGCUAGUUACAAUUUAUAUACAAACAUAGUACAUAGAUACUACUAAUUAGUGGCUUUAAGCGAAACACCAAACCAAGCAACCAACCGCAAGGAAAAACCAAUACUUAUGUAGUUCAAUUGUAUAGAACGAAUAACUAACUAUAACUAACGAAUAACGAUUAGGGAAUCUAGACACACUACUGAUAAGGAUAGCGAAAAUAUAAAGCUUAUUUGCGAAUACAAAUAGAGAAUAAUAAUAGCAACGCCCCCCCUCCACGGCGCUAAAAGCCCGACAACCAGAAAUUCAUUCAGAAAACGUGCCACACAAACAGCCGGACGGGACGGUUAGAAAGGCAAAUGUCAAAGUCAUAAAGAGAGAAUAAACGCGAAAGAAAGAGAGAGAACGGAAAUAGAGAGAGAGCGUGAAAGCACAACGGAAUUUAAAAAAGCUCAAAAACAUCAAUCAAAUGUUACAACCAUAAGGACAUCGAGGAAAGCUCAGGAUAAAAGCUCGUCCCAAGACACAAGCCCCACUCCAAAAUGGCCGCAACAGCAGCAACGGGGAUAACGGGAACGGGAACGGCUACAGCAACACACCACGACGAUGCCAGCAGCAUGAGCGACGACGUCUUCGAAGAUGUGGAGACCACACAGGCCCGCAUCGAGGAGUUGCGUCGCCGGCCCUUUGGCGAUGGCUGUUACAACCCCCCCGCCGCACCCGUCUCAAUAUCAGCCACAGUGGCAGCUUCCACAUCCGCAACAACGACGCAGCAGCAGCAGCAUCAUCAUCAUCACCAUCAUCAGUAUCCUCAUCAUCAUCAAAGCCAACAGAGCCUCACGGGCAGCAGCCAUCAUUAUCAUGACGACGCCAUUAUGGCGCCCGUGCAGCGGACGGCCACAGGAUAUCCGGGCUAUCGACCCUCACGAGAAGCUCUUCAGAUGUACGCCUACGGCACAGGAGAUGAUUACGACGAUUACGACGAUGGCUGGCGUUCAUAUCGUUACGACGAGGUGGACAUGCACCAAGCACAGCCGACGGCCAAUUUGCAACCUUUCGACGACACGGUCAAUCACAAGACGAUACUGCUGGGGGACUCUGGCGUGGGCAAGACAUCCUUCCUGGUCAAAUACAAUACCGGCGAAUUUCGGCUGGGCUCCUUCUCGGCGACGGUGGGCAUUGCUCUGACGAACAAAGUGGUCGUCGUCGAUGGCACACGUGUAAAGCUACAGAUCUGGGACACGGCUGGACAGGAGCGUUUCCGCAGCGUUACACACGCCUACUACCGGGAUGCCCAUGCUUUGCUGCUGCUGUACGAUGUUACCAACAAGACCACCUACGACAACAUACGGGCCUGGCUGGGGGAGAUACGGGAGUACGCCCAGGAGGACGUGGUCAUCGUUUUAAUAGGCAACAAGGCCGAUUGCAGUGGCAGUGAGCGACAGGUGAAGAGGGAGGAUGGCGAGCGCCUGGGCAGGGAGCACAAUGUCCCUUUCAUGGAGACAUCAGCCAAGACGGGACUCAAUGUGGAGCUGGCCUUUACAGCGGUUGCUAGGCAGCUUAAGAGUCGCGGCUACGAGCACGGCGAUGAUGGAAAAUUCAAUGUGCAUGAUUUUGUGCGUGACAAUACAAAGGCGCGCUCCGUCUGUGCCCAGUGCAGGAACAUGUAAUUUUCCCCGGCCACAUCCUCCCGAUCCCGUGCACAAAAGAAUGACAGGAAGAGCAGGAAAGCACAAAAAAGGAGGGGCGGGGGAAAAAACAAUAAGCCAGCAUACAGAUCAAAGGGAAAUGGGGAAAGGUCGAUGGGGAAGCGGCAGGAGCUGGGCGCAAAAGUCGAACUUCUGCAUUUAAUAAACACACAAAAUACGCACACAACAACAGAUACAAAUA